AGGUUCUCCUCAGCAUCAGCGAAGAGUGGCACACCAAAUACUUUUGAGUGCAGUAGAGAUUUUGGGGAGAAAAAUAAUGUUGAAGAUUGGCUAGCAGAGAAACACUUCAGCUGUGCAAAGGCAGCAGCUGAUCAAAGUCGAGACAUCCUUGUUUCUGCUCACUGCAUCUUGGACAGAGAAAAUUAUUUUGUGAGGGAGGUGGACAGAUACUUGAGGCACAAUGAAUUCUUAGAUCUGAGAAAGAAGGAGAUGCUCUACAAGAAAUGGCUUGAGGAUGUUUCAGAGCCACUGCUGCAGAAAAUUGAGGACAAGAUGGACAGCAAGUCAAGUGCAGAAAUACAGAAAAGGAAAGAAGAACAACUCUCUCUCUACUUAGACUACUGUAAAAAGAAGGGCUAUGUGAUUUUGGAUGCUUAUGACCCAUCGGAGUAUGAUCCAUUCUUCCUGAGGACAUCUACAGACUGGUGGAAGGUUUCAACACCAGCUUUACAGGAUCCUCUGUUAAGAGACAUUCAAAGAAAGCUUAUUGAGACAGGCAUUAUCAAGCAGUGCGAGACAGGAAGACCAUGCUCCACCAGAGAGCUGAACAAACUCAGCAGAGAACUGCCACUGCUUCCUUUGAGCCGGCAACAUAUGGAUGCAAUUGAAUGGCUGAAGAUACCACACACCUACAUUGCUAGUGACGUCUACCAAAGAAAGAGGUAA